AUGAUUGAAUUUCUAUUAAUGGUAAAUAAGCAAGGGCAAACAAGAUUAAGUCAGUAUUACAAUAAUUUAAGUAUUGAAGAAAAAACAAUAUUGGAAGGAGAAUUAAUUAGAAAAUGUUUAUCAAGAGUUGAUUAUCAAUGUUCAUUUUUACAAUAUAGAGAAUAUAAAAUUAUAUAUAGAAGAUAUGCUAGUUUAUAUUUAAUUGUUGGUGUUACAAAUAAAGAUGUUAAUGAAUUUGCUAUCCUUGAGAUGAUUCAUAAUAUAAUAGAAAUUCUCGAUAAAUAUUAUGAAAAUGUAUGUGAAUUAGAUAUUAUGUUCAAUAUAGAUAAAACCCAUUUUAUAAUUGAUGAAAUUAUAUGCAAUGGUGAAAUUUGCGAUAUGAACAAAACAAAUGUACUUAGGCCGAUUCUUUUGAUGGACAAAUUUUCAUUAAAAAUGUGA